AUUUCUUUCACUUUCGGAUUCUUUGUCACGUAUGAGGAAACAAUCCACGGAGCUGUGAACUGCCGACGUUGUUUCGGGAAAUAUUAAAACCUGUAACAAUAUAAAGUUGCAUUAUAAUCUAAUAUUCUGACAGAAAUAUAAUGGCUCUUGUUGAAGUUAGUGGUUUGAAACCUUUUUCUGAAACCAGUGGGCAGAUUUUCGGAACCAGACAAACGCAUCUCGUCGACCGAACUAAUCAUUACAGUUUUGGAUCCUCAGCUCAGGAAUUUGCUGUUCCGGUGGGAGAGGAGCCUUCAGGGUUUCUGACCUCCUGCAACAAGGAGGGAGGGGUGAAUAUUGAGAUGAACCACGGAACGACCACCCUGGCCUUCAAGUUCCGGCAUGGAGUCAUCGUGGCCGUGGACUCCAGAGCUUCAGCUGGACGAUACCUGGCAUCCAAUGAUGUCAACAAGGUGAUAGAGAUCAACCCCUAUCUAUUGGGCACCAUGUCAGGCAGUGCUGCAGACUGCCUGUACUGGGAGAGACUCCUUGCCAAAGAAUGCAGGUUGUACAGACUGAGGAACAAUCAUCGGAUUUCUGUAGCUGCUGCUUCUAAGCUUUUGUGUAACAUGAUGCUGGGUUACAAAGGCAUGGGCCUUUCUGUGGGGAGCAUGAUCUGUGGAUGGGACAAAGAGGGCCCUGGUCUGUACUAUGUGGAUGAAAAUGGGACUCGUUUGUCUGGCCGGAUGUUUUCUACUGGGUGUGGAAAUGGCUACGCCUAUGGAGUGGUGGACAGCGGCUACAGAGAAGACAUGACGGUGGAGGAGGCGUAUGAACUCGGCCGUCGAGGCAUCGCUCAUGCUACUCACAGGGAUGCUUACUCUGGUGGAGUGGUGAACAUGUACCACAUGCAGGAGGAUGGCUGGAUAAAAGUAUGUAAGGAGGACGUCUCAGAGCUGAUCCACCGUUACAGAGAGGGAAUGUUCUGACUUAACUGCUCAGAGCCCAGACAAACCAAACAGUCUUUUUUCCAUCAAUGUGUAACCAAAAUGAGGGAUGUUGAUUUUUGGGGUUUUUUUAGAUUAUGUAUACUGUACCUAAAAGUAAACUUUUUACAUUCAUACAUAAUU